UAAUGGUAGUCUCAUGCCGAAAUGCGAACGUCAAAUCAGGCAUUCCUUAAAGUUGUUUUUGACGAAAAUGAGAACGUGUCAGUUUGCGAUGUUGCGUCUCUGGGUUUACUGGGUUUAGAAACUCUGUGCCUUCAUGCUACGGUUAUGAGGCUCCGCUGGUCCGGGGGCGUGCUGCUGUCGGUGGCGGCUGCCUACUACGUCUAUACUCCGUUACCGAGUACGGUGAGCGAGCCCUGGAAGCUCAUUCUGCUGGACGCGCUGUUUCGGAGCUUCAUACAUGCGGGUGAUGUGGCGCAAGCUCUAGGGGUGUGUCACAGUGUCCAUAUGUUGAACUCUGUGGUGUCUCGGUUGGAGGUGAUUGAGCCAUGGUCUAGUCCUACUGUACGUGUCACUGACUCCGCCUUGGGGGGCGUGCCCGCACGAGUGUUCCAGCCAGUUGGAGGAGGAGCCAAGCUCAGGAGGGGAGUGCUUUACUUCCAUGGUGGGGGAUGGGCCCUUGGCAGCGGACGAAUGAGAUCUUAUGACCUGCUGUGUAGGAGGAUGGCUGAAGAGCUGGAUACAGUCGUUGUGUCGGUUGAUUACCGCUUGGCCCCUGAUGCAGUGUUUCCAGACCAGUACCAUGAUGCUCUAGCAGCGUCCAGGGCCUUCCUGUCCCCAGAGGUCUUGCAGCGCUAUGGGGUGAACCCAGCCAGGGUGGGGGUGUCUGGAGACAGCUCUGGGGGGAACCUCGCUGCAGCCGUGGCCCAGCGGAUUUCUGCAGAUGACAGUAUGAGUGUGAAGUUCAGUAUCCAGGCGUUGAUCUACCCAGUCCUCCAGGCUCUAGACCUGAACACCCCGUCCUACCAACAGAACCACAACGUACCCAUCCUGCACCGACACCUCAUGGCCAGGUUCUGGCUGAUUUACCUGGGGGCUGAUCCCUCUCUCCUCCCUCAUCUCCUCUCCUCCCCCUCCUCCCUCCUUCAUCCCUCCAUCCCCCCUUCCAUCCGUUCUCAUCUCAACUGGACCUCCCUGCUCGCGGCCAAACACCAAAAGCAUUACCGGCCCGUUGGCAUGGAGACUGGGUCGCGGGAGGUCACGUGGAUAGUGCCGGGGUUGGUGGAUGUUCGAGCGGCGCCGUUGCUUGCAGAACAGGGGAUUCUGGGUAGAACGCCGCGAGCGUACGUGAUGACGUGUGAGUUCGACGUUCUGAGGGACGAUGGGUUGAUGUACGCCAGGAGACUACAGGACGCGGGCGUCACGGUUACCAGUGUUCACUAUGACGACGGUUUCCACGGCUGCAUGGUCUUCUCCUUUUGGCCGUUUUUGUCCUCCGUUGGCCAGAGGAGUCUGGACAACUACAUCCAGUGGCUAGACCACAACCUCUAGAACAGCCAUACUCAACAGGCGGACCGCAGUCUGGAACCGGACCCAGAAGAGGGUCGAUACGGACAGUGUGUUUAAAAUCUAUUUUUUAAGAAAUCAAUCAGGCUUUUAACUUACUGCUGUUGAGUAGUUAUCAUGGGCAGGGGACUCGACCCCAAGGGGGCCCCCAUGGAUUUUGUUGAAUCACUCAGGUAUCAUAUGAACACACAUAAGAAGUCAUGGAAAAAUGUGUAGAAUUGCAGGAAAUUUGCUUUAAAACUGCAACAGUUUUUUUUGCCCCAUGUCAAAUUGUGUGGAAUUGCAGAAAAAUUGCUUUAAAACUGCAAGUUUUUUCUCCGCCAGCAGAAGGGGUGUGAAUUGUUUGAACAGUUUGGAGUUACAUGCGUUGCGAAGGGCGGGUUUGUUACUACGCCGACUGAUGACAAUACCCAUCCGGACCUUUGCCACUUAGGAAAUUUGUGUGACCAGACCAUCUAAAAUAGUAGUCUAGACCACGACAGAACCCUAUGGAACCCAAGUUAUGUUUAGAAUCAAAACUAUAGGAUCACAACGUAGAACCCAAUAGGAGCACCACUAGGAC